AAAAAUUCUUAUCGCAGAAUCACGUAUGAGAUUAGGGUGGUCUCUUAUCUACUCUGUAAUAAUAAACACAUCGUAAUUAGGAACUUGUGAAAUAACCGCAAUAAUCUCUGUGGUUUUUUAUUUUUUUCGAUUUACAUAUAUCAACAUAUAAUUCACGUAAUAUAUAAAAAUGUAAGCGCUAUAAAACAGAGUAUAGUUCUAACUACUUGAAAAAAAAUCACAAAUCACCAAAUUUUUUAUGUUAAGUUUAAAAUUUUAAGUUUUUAUAUUUUUCCUGUCACUUAAUAAAGUCAUCAAAAACAUUUUCAGUAUUUGCAAUUUACUUGACUUAUGAAUAACAUUUUCUCCGAUGUGCGACAUAUAUUACAUCAAAUACAUUCGUUUGUGUUAGAAAUGUGCAUUGUAUAAUCAAUGUAUCCAACAGAAUCGGACGUGUCAGACUAAAAUUAUCGGUAUUCUUUUGAUGUAAAAACAACGUAACAUCUUGGAACAAUUAAAGAUGACGGAUCAAGAAAAAAAAAUUAAGGUAUGCGUAAUCGGUGCUGGCGCGGCUGGGUUAUGUGCAGUUAGGCACUUGGCGACGAAUACAGUAUUCGAAAUAACAGCUUACGAGCAAACAAAUGAUAUAGGUGGUACAUGGGUUUAUAAGGAGCAAGUUGGCCUCGAUGAAAAUGGUAUACCAAUACAUUCCAGCAUGUAUCAGAAUCUAAGAACAAAUUUACCCGCAAAAAUUAUGAAUUUUCCGGAUUAUAUUGCAAUGGAAGGACGAGAACCGUGUUGCGUAAGCCAUCAAGAAGUUUUAAAAUAUUUGAAAGAUUACGCUCAACAUUUUAAUGUAUAUCAACAUAUUCAUUUCAAUACAAAAGUCGAGCAUGUUCGAUUUGUAUCAUCUGAUUCCUGUGGUCAAGAUAACUGGUCCGUGCAAGUGAGAAAAUUAAAAACAGAUGAAAUAGAAUUAUGUUAUUUUGACGCAGUUAUGGUUUGUAACGGGCAUUAUUUCGAACCUUAUGUACCAACUAUAACUGGCAUCGAAAGUUUUCCGGGUUUAAUAUUGCACAGCCACGCAUAUAGAAAACCAAAUGAAUUUUCCGGCAAAACUGUAUUAAUAUUAGGUGCAGCAUCAUCUGGUAUUGAUAUAGGGAUCGAUUUAUCUGAACAAGCGGCUUACGUCUAUUUAAGUCAUAAUCAUGAUAGAUUAACAAGUUCUUUACCAUCAAAUAUGAUACAAGUCGCCGGUGUUGAAAGCAUACAUGGAACCAGAUUUCAUUUAAAGGAUGGAACUAUUAUCGAUGCUAUUGACGUUUUUCUUUUUUGUACUGGUUACAAAUAUAAUUUUCCCUUCUUAGACAAAAAUUGUAGUAUACAAGUUGACAACAAUUACGUAACUCCACUUUAUAAACAUUUCAUCAAUAUCGAGCAUCCUUCAAUGUGUAUCAUUGGUAUACCUACUGUCGUCGUACCAUUUCCUAUGUUUCAUAUGCAGGUGCAAUUUUUCUUAGCUUUACUUCAAAACCAAAUAAAUUUACCUGCAAAACUUGUGAUGCUAGAAGAUUCAACUUUAAAAACUUUAAAGAAGAGACAUGCACAUAAACUAAUGGAUCAUCAAUGGGAUUAUAACGAUUCAUUGGCAGUUACUGGCGGAUUUGAUAGAUUACCGUUAUUUUAUAAACUCGGUUACCAAAUAUGGUCAAUUCAAAGAUCCACGAAUCUUUUACAUUAUAAAAAUUCCAAAUUUAUUAUUUCUGAAGAUGGACAAAACGUCGAAUUAGUUUUACCAGAGUAAAAGUCUACUAUUAAAUAUCUUUCAGUAUUCUAAUAACUUAGUACUUUAAGUGUGAAUUAAACAUAAAUUGAUAUAUUCGUAAAUACAAAUUUAAGAGAUACAAUUAUAUUUUAGCAAGUUGUUUUAAUACAUGCAUUGCAUUUCA